AUGAGUAAAGAAACUCCUCACCUCGAGUCCGAAAAGCAGGGGCUCGAGUACAGCCACAUCGACCGCCCGAUAAAGGACUCUGAGAGCAACAAGCAUCAUGUCGCGGCCCUCGAAGACGACGACUUUGGCUUCACGCAGGCUGAGCAGCGCAGCAUCAUCCGCCGCAUUGACCGCCGCCUGGUCAUAACCGUGGGGGCAAUGUACUGCGUUAGUUUGAUGGACAGGACGAACAUGAGCGCUGCGAACAUUGCGGGCAUGAGCGUCGAGUUGAAUCUCAUCAAUAACCGCUACAACAUUGCCAACCUCGUCUUCUUCACCACCUAUGUCGUCUUCCAGCCGCCCUCGACCAUCCUCAUCCGCAAAAUCGGCCCCCGGCUGCAUCUGGCCUUUAUAACUCUCCUGUGGGGCGGCGUCAUGAUUGGCAUGGGCUUUGUCAAGGACUUUGAGCAGCUGGCGGCGCUGAGAACCGUGCUUGGUGUUCUCGAGGCUGGCUUCUUCCCGAGCUGCGUGUACCUGCUGAGCACAUGGUAUACACGAUACGAGGUUGGCAAACGGUACUCUGUAUUCUACCUCGUCGGCUGCGUCGCCUCUGCCUUUUCCGGCAUCCUGGCCUACGGUCUCAUGCAACUCAACGGCCGGCAAGGCAUCUCGGGCUGGCGCUGGAUCUUCAUCAUCGAAGGCACGCUCACCUGCGCCCUCGGCAUCGCCGGCUACUGGCUGCUGGUCGACUUCCCCGACUCGACGCGCCUGACGUGGAACUUCCUCGGCCAAAAGGAGCGCGAAUGGAUCGUGCACCGCAUCCAGCGCGACCGCGGCGACACGCAGGUGCCGCCGUUCAACCUGAAGCAGUUCCUGGGCUCCGGCCUGGACUGGAAGGUCUGGGCGUAUGCCAUGAUGUUCUUCAACACCACGACGCUGACGUACGCGCUGGCCUACACGCUGCCCCUGAUCCUCACCAAGGAGCUGCACUUCUCCGUGGGCCAGUCGCAGUGCCUCGUCGCGCCGCCCUACGCCUUCACCGGCCUCGUCAUGUUCGCAGCGGCCUAUGUCGGCGACAAGCUGCGCGUCCGCGGGCCCGUCAUCGUCUUCAACAUGGUGCUCUGCCUCGUCGGCCUCCCCAUCAUGGGCUGGGCGCCCCACGCCGGCGCGCGCUACUUUGGCAUCUUCCUCGUCACGGCCGGCGCAAACAGCAACGUGCCGGCCGUCAUGGCGUUUCAGGCCAACAACGUGCGCGGGCAGUGGAAGCGCGCCUUUUGCAGCGCCACGCUCGUGGGCUUUGGCGGGCUGGGCGGCAUUGCGGGCAGUCUGGUGUUUCGCACGCAGGACGCGGCGACGGGGUACAAGCCGGGCAUGUACACGUGCAUCACCACUGCCUUUCUGAACAUUGUGCUGGUGGGCUUGACGGGGCUGGAUUUCAGGAGGUUGAACAAAAAGGCGGAUGAGCAGGGCGUUGCGCUGGAGGCUCAUGAUGAGGACGCGAGUCCCGAUUUCCGAUACACUUAUUGA